UUUGUUGCCUGCUACUUGCUAAAAACAGCCGUUGAGCUUGCCAGUUGGUUGUUUUUGCGUUUGUUUGCACGUUUUUAUCAACAUAUUAGAUUUUAAACAGGUUAACAUGACAAACGAGGAUCGUCAGUUUUAUAUCUGUAACUGUUUUACCACUGAUAACAUCUUUCUGGAGGAAUACAAGCUCCAUGUCCGCUUCGUCUCCGAGCAGCAGUUCACACGGGACUAUGGCGAAGUGCUGAGGAGGCUUGGCUGUGUGACGGACGCACAGUUUGAGGAUGUGUUCAACAAGAUUUCACAGGAAGUGGACCGGCGAAGGCGUCUUAGUGUGACGUGUGCAGAGAGAGCUGCUGCUAUAAAAGACACGUACCGGCCUCUGCAUCCGCACGUCUACCACCUGCAGGAGUCCUACCUCGCUCCAAAGUUCAAGGAGAUAGUGGAUUUCUGCCGAGUCAGCGCCGUCAGGGGGGGGUCUCUCGGAGACUUGCUGCAGGAGGAGGCAGCUGCUCGAGUUUAUCGCUUCCCGGUGUUUGAGAGAAGCUUCUGUGAGCAGCUGGUGGAGGAGCUGGAGCACUUUGAGCAGUCCUCCGCCCCCAAAGGAAGACCCAACACCAUGAACCACUACGGGAUCCUGUUGAACGAACUGGGCUUCGACGAGGGCUUCAUCACGCCGCUCCGCCAGCGUUACCUGCAGCCGCUCACUUCCCUGCUGUACCCCGACUGUGGGGGGGGCAGCCUGGACAGCCACAAGGCCUUCGUGGUAAAAUAUGACAUGGACGAAGACCGGGACUUGAGCUACCACUACGACAACGCAGAGGUCACGCUGAACGUUUCCCUCGGAAAGGACUUCACAGAGGGAAACCUUUAUUUUGGGGAUAUGAGACAGGUGCCUCUAAGUGAGAUGCAGUGCUGGGAGGUGGAGCACAGGGUGAGCGAGGGUCUCCUGCCCCGGGGCCAGCAGAUGCACGGGGCCCUGCCCAUCUCCUCGGGCCGGCGCUGGAACCUCAUUGUCUGGAUUCGAUCGUCGCAGGAGCGCAACAAGCUCUGCCCCAUGUGCAACCGCAGGCCGGAGCUGGUGGAGGGCGGGGGCUUCGCUGACGGCUUCACCAAACCCUGCAUCGCCCCACUGAAACGCUGCAUGUGUGCUAACGUGACCAGAAAUACUCCUCAGUUAACGGGAGGGACCCCCCAGUUCAUGGAAUACAUGAGUAGUUGAAAGAACAGUGUAUGUGUCACUUUGGUAUUUAUGACAUGUUGAGUGAUUGAUUUAUGACCCCCCAUAAAACCUUAGUCCCCGCCCCUAAAUCCAUUUGAUGUGACAGGUGUCAGUGCACCUGUUGUAGUGCCCCCCUAAUAAACCAUUGUCUUCAUUC